GCUGCACCACCAUAAACCCUAAAAAACUCUCAGCCGCCGCUUUUGCACUUUUCGGUGGAAAAAAAUGGCGAAGAAGAAGGCUUCUCGUAACUCCAACGUAGCUUCCACCGAGCAGCAGCAACAACAGACGACGCAGCAGCAGAAGAAGAAGCCGGCGGAGCUCAGUCGUGAGUUCUCGAUGGAGGACCACGACUCGUCGGAGGAGAAGUUCCAGAACCUGAAGUCACUCAACGCGAUUCUCCUCAAGCAGACCGUGGAGAAGAGGCAGCAGAUCGAGUCUCUCUUCCAGGAGAAGGAAUCGUUGGAGUCCGAGUUGACUCGUUCCGGCGCGGUGACGACUCAGUUGAGGGAGGAGUUGCGUGGCUCUGGGGAUGAGAGUUUGGUGUUGAGGCUUGAGAUGGAUUUGUUUGUUGGUAUUGUGGAGAGUCGGUUAAGGGAGAUGUUGGUUAGGGAGAGGAGUGAGAGGGAGUGUGAGGUUAAAGAUCUGAUGGGGAAGUUAGAGGAGGAGAGAGGGGAGUUAGUUAGGGUUUGUGGUGAGAGGGAUUUGAAGAGUGAGGAGGUGAAUAGGUUGAAGGAGAGUGUGGUAAAGAUGGAGAUGAAAGGAAGGUUUUUGGGGGAGGAAGUUGAUGACUUGAAGUCUGAGAACGGUAGGAUGGUGAAGGAGAUGGAGAAGAGAGAUGAGAUGAUUGAGAUGGUUAAUAAGGAGAGGAGUAGCUUGGAGAAGGCCGUUGAAGAGAAGGUUAGGGAAGUAGAUGAGGUGAAGAGAGAAAUGAAAGGUAUUUCGAUGGAGAAGAUGGAGGUGGAGAUGGUUAGUCGUGAUCAGAAGGAAAUGAUUGUGAAGUUAGAGAAGAAGGUGGAGAAUUUGAGUGAGGUUGUGGAGAGUUUGACUAGGGAAGAGAAGGGUUUGCGUGAUCAGGUUAUUGGGUUGGAGAAGGAUCUUGAUGAGGUUAUGGAGAAAGCUAAAGCAAGGGAGGAGAGGAUUGUUGAACUGGCGAAAGAGAAAUCUAUCAAGGUUUCUGAGAUUGAGGGUUUACUGGCGGAGAACGUUUCAAUCAAGAAACAGAUGGAGAUGGCUCUGGCGCAGUCCUCUGAGAAGGAGAAGCUGGCUGACCAAUUUGCGCGUGAGAAGGUCGAUCUUUUGGAGCAUAUUACUAAGCAGAAAGCUGAGUUUGAUGAGAUGAGUAAACUAGCGGAUGAGCAAAAGCAUGUUUUGGUGCAGCUGCGGAAUGAUUAUAAUGAUCAGAUCAAGACUAGUGAGAAGCUUAGCUGCAACGUUAGCCAGCUUAAGGAUGCUCUAGCCCUGGUUGAGGCCGAGAGAGACAAUGCCGGGAAGGCUCUUGAUGAGGAGAAGAAGAGUCGGUUGGUUCUUAAGGAAAAGGUUGUAGAACUAGAGAAAAUGAUUCAAGCUUCUGGUAAAGAGCUUGAGAAGAUCAAGGCUGAGCGAGGGAGAUUGACUAAGGAGAAGAAGGAACUGGAGAAUCGUUCUGAGGCAGUGAAAAAGGAAAAGGGUAUUCUCCAAAAGGAUCUUGUGGAGCUCAAGAAAGCUAUGGGUGUGUUGAAAACAGAACUGGAAUCUGCUGGAACCAAUGCAAAACGUGGUCUAACAAUGCUUAAGACUGUGUCCUCUCUAGUAUGUGGACAAGACAACAAAAAAGGCGAGCAGAAGAGAGGAGAAAAGGGAGUGGAUUCAUACUCUGUGGAGCUGGAAGCGAUCAAGAAAGCUUUCAAGAACAAAGAAAGCAUGGUUGAGGAAAUGAAGAAGGAAAUAGAGACAAUGGAGCAUUCGGUCAAAGAUGCACAUGACAAGAAGAGCUUUUGGACCCUUGUGUCAUCUAUUACUACUCUCUUCAUGGCUGCUUCUGUUGCCUAUGCUGCUGCGAUUAGGUGAACGCUUGAAGAUGGUAGUGCCCUUUUAACUCUCAGACAGCAUUAUCGCAUUUAAGUUUUCUAUUUUUCAGUUGUUUAACUUCUAAACCGUUUGAGCAUCUUAUGAGUUGUUUACUCAUAAACUCUCUAUGUAGUUUUCUUGAACAACUAUAUGAUGUAAACCUUUUCCCUUUCAUAUCUGUGGUUCUGCUACUAUUCUCUCAGAACAUGUAGCUGAUCUUCAGAAAUUCUAAUAAAAUUGUUAGUUUCAUAUCC